UCGUGAUCAUCGAUCAUCCAUUCGGUGAUUCUAUUCAAAUUUCUUUUUCGAUAAAAAUUCGACUAGUUUCGACAAAAAACCGAACAUCUCGAUGCGUGAACCAAAGUGUGGCUGGUAAACGAGAAUGAGGACGAUUCUGUUUACUCCCUUUUAUCUGUGCAUCGGCGAAUUCGGCGAGUAAAUCAGCAACAGAUCAAAGUGACAAAACGAUGUGGAGGUGUUUGCUUCUAGUUCUUUGUGCCGCAGGCAUAUCUGCGGUCGUGGUGCAACCUUACAACAGCAGUACUUAUCCAGUAGCCGGGAACAGACUUACGAUCGGUCGACCCAUAAAGCGGUACGCGUGCCCCAUAGGGUUCUUCCGAUUGAAAAGAUAUUGCUAUUAUUUAAGCGGAGGGACGGCUCCUUGGAGAGAAGCUUAUUUUCACUGCAAAGACAGAAACGCCACUCUGGCGAUUCUCGACAGAAACGGGAAGGAUCGGAUGCUGAGGAAAUACUUGUCGAGCGAACAGUUCACGAAAUUAGAAAGAUGGAUCGGUGGAAUAUUCAAUUGGCAGCAAAUGACCUGGGAAUGGGGCGUGACCGGUGAGAAAGUGGUUUUCCAAAAUUUCGGUCUACCUCAAUCUAACCAGACGAAGGAACAGUAUGCAUGGCACUGCAUCACAAUCGAUCCCAUGUUAAAGUAUAAAUGGAGCCCACGGAGUUGCGUCGAACGAAAACACUAUGUGUGCGAAGUGCAAGCUGGGCGUGUAGCUAGGAGACGAAAGAAAACUACGGAUCCGUAUGCACCGCAAAACCAAAGAUUAAAGCCUCGAAAAAAAGGGAAGAAGUACUUGAAAGAACCGCAGCACAAGCCAAACCGACAGAAUAAACAGCGAGCUACAUGGCGAAAAAGACUAGCGGAACAGAAUGCCAGUGGCGACUAUUGGGCGCAUGGUGUGAAUUUGGGUUCAAGGCCGCCAUCCAAGUCUCGAGCAAUGUAUCCGAGAAAUCGAAUACGACAUCAUUCGAAUAAAACUCAAGCUAAUUACCCACGAGUGGCACAGAUGGUGCCACAUGGACGAGAAUACGGUGCAUUUCUGGGCGUUGGGCCCUAUAACGGUCCACAAAGUCUGACAGACAUAAGCAAGGUCUUCUCUCAUAUCCCUGGCAAAAUCAACGACUUAGCGAACGAAGAAGUACUACUAAAGCCAUGAACUAAUUGCUAUUUAUUUUAACUCUUUAUUUGGUAGCUUUAAUCAUCGAUCAUUAAUCCUCUAAAAAAAAAAACUCCCUUGUCUAUGUUUCGUCUUUUAUUAUAUUUUACAUUUGUUUAUACAUUCAUCAAAUAAUCACUACCUUCGUGUGACCAAGUAAAGAGUUAGGUCUGAUUUUAAUUUUGUGGAAAGCAUAAAGUCGCUUAGAUGCUACCGAAACCGAGCACAGACUGAAAUAAUUUAUUCACUUCACAUCGGCGAAACAGUCUCUCAUGUUCCUCUCUCUAAAUAGGCGUUAGUGUCUCAAAGAUGUAUUUGUCUAGUUAGUAACGUUAAUUGAAAUCGAUAAGAUUAAUAACUCCAAUGUUCAUGUAUCGCGUACGAUGAGUAUUUUGCAUUGCAUUCUGUCUCUUUUUU